AUGGCAGACUUGAACAAGGCCAACAUCGAAACCCGUCCGAGUGUUGAGGCUCUUGAGAACUCGGAGCUCAAAGGCAAUCGGCUGGACAUGAAUGAGAACGAGCGCGAGAAUGCUGUCGGUUAUGACCAGUACCUCGAGGCUCGAGAUAUCGAGUUUUCAGAUGCCGAGGCUAAGAAACUCCGCUGGAAGCUCGACCUAAUCAUCCUCCCCAUGUUCCUCGUCACGCAAGCCCUCCAAUUUAUGGACAAGACCUCGCUCAACUAUGCCAAUCUCUUCGGGUACCAGGAGGCCCUGGGUCUGAAAGGAAAUCAUGGUGCUUCAGUGGUCUAUGCUGGUUACUUCUUCGGACAAUACCCAUGUGGAUGGUUGAUUGGUCGCUUUCCUGCGCAGAAAGUCAUGGCCAUCAGCGUCUUCCUUUGGGGUCUCAUGGUUGUAAUCAUGACGCAGAGCCGCGACUACUCGAGCGCUUUGGCCGUAAGAUUCAUUAUGGGCGUCUUCGAAGCCGCCGUGACACCCGGUUUGACCCUCAUGACGGGCUUUUGGUACACUAGACGAGAGAUCCCUCUUCGUCAGUGUAUCUGGUACUCGUCACUCGGCUGGGGUGGUAUCAUCGGCUCAUAUAUUUCCAUGGGCGUUUCCAAACUUCCCGUCGACCUCAAGCCCGAGCGCUGGGAGCUCAUCUUUUACAUUCUCGGCGGUGCCACCUGCCUCUGGGCUUUUGUCAUCUGGUUCCUCCUCCCUGAUUCACCCUCAAAUGCAAGAUUUCUCAACCACCGCGAGCGCUUGAUCGCUGUCAAACGAGUUGCAGGCAACGAGACAGGUAUCAAGAACAAGGCCUUUGAUAAAAGUCAGGUUGUCCUUGGCUUUACAGACCCCAAGACACUUUUGCUCUUCGUCUCAGUAUUCGCUGCUGCCAUCCCUAAUGGCGUCGUCAACUCGUUCUCCACUGUCAUCAUCCGUGAUAUGGGCUUUAGCACUACCAGGACCACUCAGCUCAAGUCUGUUGGUGACGCUGUCCAAAUUAUCGGCUUACUUAUCGGCGGCAGCAUCAUUCUCACCGUUCCAAACUCUCGUCUUAUUACUGCAACCGUUGCCAACAUGAUCUGCACCAUCUCUGCCGCAUGCAUGGCUUAUCUUCCCAGAGAUAAUACUUGGGGCAGGCUUGUCUGCUUUUGGCUCGUUAACACCCAAUCAGUUGGUUUCACCGUGUCUCUGACUACCAUUUCCUCCAACAUGGCUGGCUACACUCAUCGUUCACUUGCUAGCGCGCUUGUCUUUUCGGCUUACUGUUGGGGUAACUUUGCGGGUCCCUUUGUCGUCAAGAAGUCGGAAGCUCCUGACUUCCCCGGUGCCACUAUCGGACUACUAGUAGGAUACGCCAUCAAGUUCUGCUGCCACCUUGGACUUCUGGUCUACAUGUUCCUCAUCAACAAACACCGCAACAAGACAUACGGUCCUCCUAACAAGGAGAGGAGUAACGAGGCUGGAAUGAGAGACCAGACCGAAUUCGAGAACAAGGACUUCAGAUAUGUUCUGUAA